UUCACUCUCGCUAUUACACGUUUUCUCCCUCUCACUUUCCUGCUAGCGUUCAUCCCCUUUGUCGAAUAAUCAACCAACCCGUUUAAACACUACAAACAAAGGAAGCAUUACACAAGUGGUGUGGUCCAGUAUUCAAACCCCGAUUACCACUACCAAAAAACAGGGAACCAGAUCGUGCGGGGAAAUGAAAGUCAGAUAGACAUGUUUUCGCGGCUGGAACGUGUAAAGUACAAUAAAAAUAUAUCCCCGCUUUCCACGGGGAACAAAUGUGUAGCCAGGCGCCAUCAAAUCGGGUCGCGAAAUGGUGCCCUUCUCUUCGUAUUCCUCUACCUACCUUACACUUCUUAUUUUAUUCUGCAGUAAAUUCGUGCUCCCAUUCUAGCUACCGUCGAAGUCGAAGUUUGCUUUGAUAUAAGGGACGGUGCUGCCGAUUUUCGAUGUGCGUGUUCGUUACCAUUGAAAGGUCCAUUCUUCUACCCUUGCUCACUUGCUCCACGGACAGUGUUGAACACAUCAUUUCGCCUACUGUAGACGCACUUACACAAAUGUAAUAAAGUACGAUAAUUCUUCCCCUGCCUAACCUGCUCCACGUUAUGUGUGUGCAACUCAAAAAAGCUUGUUUUUGCAAUUUGCUAAUUUCUUCCCUGUGUGUGCGAUUCUUGCCUUUGCUCCCGUUUCUAUUCCUGGUGUCUUCUUCAUGAUGGUGGUCUUACUGUUUGCCGAAAUAUUUCAUCUAAAACAUACUACUCCAACACACACACACAGUGUGUGUGUAUGCGUGAGGGAGAGUUUUGCUUUAUUUCCGUUAUCGCUCGAUUAACACCAACCCCAGGGUGGGUUUGGGGUGUGCAUUUCAAAUGUUGGUCAAAUGCAGUUUGCCAGCGUUUAUCGCAAUGUGUCAAUUCGAGUUUUGGGGCUGCGCGCUGAUUAGAAAGAGGAUUACAGCUGCGCAAAGUCAGCCCGAGGACACAGGGGAAUGAUAAAAAACGCAAAAAAUAGCUGCAUGAGUCAUUCAAUUUGGGGAGUCGUCUAAACGUAAGACGCAUAAUUGAUCAACAAUUCAUUUCCUCAAUUAUGUGUAGUCGAAAACAAAGCAAAAGAGUACUGUUCGAAUAAGUGUAGUGAAAACAAAUAAUGCAACAAUGUGCUACAAGUAGUAUGUCGUUCUUAUUCUAAGUGGAAAUGCUUUUCAGCAGUGAAAAAUCCAUCAAAAUGUCCUAGUCGUGGUUUUAGCUGCUCCUGCGGGAAGUAAGAAGUGUACAAAAGCGUUUGACGGUAUCCUAAAAGUGUAUAUAAAGUGUUUGGUUGUGUAAAAGAAAACGAAAAAAAAGGAAAAUUAAACAAAUUAAUAUUAGAAGAAGAAAAAAAACCAACAAACCAGUCAACCUUUGUGAAACAUGCACGAGGAAGCCUCCUCAACGGCUAGUUCGUCUUCACCGAAAACGACUUCGAACAUCGUGUAUGCAAACGGUGGUGGUAUGUUGCUUUCCACCUCACCCACACCCGGUCCGGGAGUGGCUUCCUCCUCGUCGUCAUCGUCCACUUCGUCUGCAUCGUCCUCUACGUCCGUAACGUCCGCGACCAACCUGUACGAUGUAGUGGUACAGCAGGAUUUGCUUCUUCCGAACAGUCAUCACAGUGCGACCUUCCACGGUCAUCAGCACCUGCAACAGCAGCAGCAACAGCAGCAACAGCAACAGCAGCUACACCAUCAACAACAUUCCCAGCAAACGUUACAGCACGUAACGUCCAAUUUGACAACAGUGGCUACCAAAAUCAUCGUCACCGGUACGGCGGGUGGUAUGCAUCAUGCUAUGCAGCAGCAACAGCUCCAUCUGCAGCACGAUCAUCACCAUCAGCCACAGCACCAUGGCCAUCACAACCACAUGCACCAGCACCAUCAACAGACGCAUCAUCAGGUACAUCAUGUACAGACGCAGCAGCAGCAGCAACAACACCAUCAGCCAAGUUCCUCUACGAACGUGAUCGUAACUGGUGCGAAUCACGGUUCAUCCCUGCUCGUGCAGGCUAGUUCGAGCGGUGUUUCAGACCUGCUGCUCGGUCAAGACCCCAUCACCACCACGUCGACGACAGCGGCCACGGCAGCCACACUGCUUGCACUUACACCCGACGACGUGGUGGAGUCGGUAAUUGAUGGUCGCGUUGUAACAGCCACUGAGGAGGAUACGCUUCUCAGCACUCUUGCCGGGGCUGCUACCUCCUGCACGGCCGACGGUGUGGUAGAUGAGGUGGAAGAUCAUGUCGUCACGAUGGUUACUGCCGAUGGUACGCUGCUCGGCUGUGGCGAUCCGCUGCAGACGACGCAUCCACACCAUCAGCAGCAGCCCAGCUCUUCGUCCAGUAUUACGAUCGUUUCGGAGGAGUCCAUACUACCGCUGGCCGUGGCCCCGGCAUCCUGCGUGCUGGCGGUAGCGACACGAUCACCAGCUUCGUCCACGUCUUGCUCCUCCACUUCGGCACCAGCGUCAUCGUCAUCGUCCUCGUCCGGUGCGUCAACGGUUCCUCUAUCCUCGUGCUCGAUCGGUAGUUCCUCCAACACCACCACGACGGCCGUUGCGGUUGCGUCCGUCGGGAGUAGCGGAGGGCAUACCGGAUCAAGCUCCGGUGCCGGCGUCGUUAUAUCCGCCAUGUCGGUAAAUAACGACGCGGCGCACCUAACCGAGGCGAUCGAGAUCAAGAUCCCGGAGGAGGACGGUGGAAGUUAUGCCGAGGAUUCAGACGGCGGCGGUGUUGGUGGCGGUGGAGCCGGCGGUCCCUACCAUCAUGGGGGCGGAAGCGAUGGAAGCGGCGGCGGCGGCGGUGGCGGCGGCGGCAGCAACAGCAAUGGCAGCGGUGGCGGCGGUCAGACGGCCGGCGGCCAAACGGCGGGCGGCACAUCCUCGGCAGCGGCGGCAGCAGCGGCAGCCUAUCUGGCGAUACCGGCCUCAGGUACUAGCGGUGGUAGUUGUAGUAGUGGCGGGGGCGCGUCCGGCGGCAGCCUCAUUGAGCACCAAACCGCACUCAAUAGUCUGAGCGUCGUGUCCGCCAUCCAAUGCGAUCAAACUGAUUUGAAAUAUUUCAUUGAAGAGCUGUGCCCGGUGUGCGGCGACAAGGUAUCCGGCUACCACUACGGGCUGCUAACGUGCGAAUCGUGCAAGGGCUUCUUCAAGCGCACCGUCCAGAACAAGAAGGUCUACACGUGCGUCGCCGAGCGCCAGUGCCACAUCGACAAGACGCAGCGGAAGCGCUGCCCGUACUGCCGCUUCCAGAAGUGUCUCGAGGUUGGCAUGAAGCUGGAAGCUGUGCGAGCCGAUAGGAUGCGCGGUGGACGAAACAAAUUUGGACCCAUGUACAAACGGGAUCGGGCGCGAAAGCUGCAGAUCAUGCGUCAACGACAGCUCGCCCUCCAGGCCCUGAGGGGUUCGAUCGGUGGUGGUGUCGGUAUUGGUACGCUCGGUUCGGACGGUGUAUCGCCACAGUUGCAGGGUCUAGACUAUCACCAACCGUACUCGAGCAUGCACAUCAAACAGGAAAUUCAGAUACCACAGGUCUCAUCCUUAACGUCAUCGCCAGAUAGUUCGCCCAGCCCGAUUGCGAUCGCCCUUGGACAGGUUAAUCCGCAGACGACGAUAUCGCUCAGUAGCAGCGGAGUCGGCGGCAAUGGUGGUGGUGGUGGCGGUGGUGGCGGCGGUGGAGGUGGUGGAGGAGGCGGUGGUGGUAAUAAUGGAUCCGGUGCCGGCACCGGCAGUUCCAACUCCAGCGCUACCAGCAUCCAGAAUCCGCUGUCCGACUCAAAGCUGUGGAUGAGCGCCAACUCGACGACCGCCUCGCCCCAUUCGCUCAGUCCGAAGGCGUUCAGCUUCGACUCGAAUCCCACCAGCACGGCCGACUCCGGCAAUCCGGCCGACACCCUAAGGGUAUCGCCGAUGAUCCGCGAGUUCGUCCAGUCGAUCGACGAUCGCGAAUGGCAGACGUCGCUGUUCUCGCUGCUCCAGAGCCAGUCCUACAAUCAGUGCGAGGUCGAUCUGUUCGAGCUUAUGUGUAAAGUGUUGGACCAAAAUCUGUUCUCCCAGGUCGAUUGGGCGCGAAAUACGAUAUUCUUCAAGGAUUUGAAGGUGGACGAUCAGAUGAAGCUGCUCCAGAACAGCUGGUCGGAUAUGCUGGUGCUCGAUCACAUACAUCAGCGCCUGCACAAUGGGCUACCGGACGAAACCACCCUGCACAAUGGGCAGAAGUUUGAUCUCUUAGGUUUAGGGCUGUUGGGCGUACCGAGCCUCGCCGAGCACUUUAACGAGCUGCAGAACAAGCUGCAGGAGCUCAAGUUCGAUGUCGGUGAUUAUAUCUGCAUGAAAUUCUUGCUGCUGCUAAAUCCCGAUGUCCGGGGGAUCACCAACCGAAAGACGGUCGUCGAGGGUUACGAGAAUGUGCAGGCGGCCCUGCUGGAUUAUACGCUUACCUGCUAUCCGUCGGUGCCUGAUAAGUUCAGUAAGUUGCUCAGUAUUAUUCCGGAGAUCCACGGAAUGGCAGCUCGGGGUGAGGAGCAUCUGUACAUCAAACACUGUGCCGGCAGUGCGCCCUCACAGACGCUGCUAAUGGAGAUGCUGCAUGCCAAGCGAAAAUGAAGCUGGCCGAUCGACCCUACUCCAUCCACAGCAACUGGUGUACUACUGGUGCAGCGCAAUCCGGUGGUCAGCAGUCAACUCAUGAGUGCGAUUGCCGAGGAAUAAGCACCUGCGCGAGGAGAACGCUCAUUCGACGCACCGGAGCUGAGGACUGCGCCAUUGCGCAGUGUCGUCUAAUGUAGUGAGGAGAUGUAUAUUUUCGUUAUUUUGUACAUUUCCAACCCACCACUAUUGUUUCGCUGUUUCGCAGCCCACAUACACACACGCGCCCGAAUCCCGCACACACACACACUCAUACACGUCCACAAUCAUGUCCCGGGGAACGGAGGAGGUUCGCUUCGGUGUUGCGAUUAUUUAACAGUUUUACUAUCUCUCCCGCUCACGCUUUUCGCAUCGAACCGGCGGAAUGAAUCGUGGUUUUUUUGUUUUUACUUCCUCCCUUCUCGGUGUAUACUUAAGAUCGUUUUUCGCUCGUUAGACUUAAGCCGAUCAGAACGCCCGCGCAAACGUGUGUACCGGACGCCGCACAGGUGUCACGCAAGCAUCCUUUUUGAUCGUUUUUCGAUUUUGUUUUUAGAUUCUUAUCCCCGUUUUAUCCCCUCUUUCGUGUGUAAUUAGAGUUAGAGCGUGUCCGCUUUAAGUCACCUAUUUGCAAGCAAAACAAAAACGGGCAAAAAAUCACGAAUCGUCGCGACAGAUGUAAUUGUAUAUUUCUUUACGUUUUUCUUUUUUAAGUAAUUGUGGUAUUAGGGGUUAGUAGUGUGUAGCUAUCUAGCGGUAGGGAAUGAAAAACCUACGAUUCAGGACCGUGCAUGUGCGUGUGUUUGUGUGUGUGUGUGUGUGGGUGUACGCAAUCGGGAAUGGGCGGGAACGAGAAGCGAAAAUAGAAGUAAGCAAAGAAUGAGCACGGAGUGUAACCAGAUACCUUUGACGAAAACGAUAAGAAAAACAAACGCUACUAGGUGAUUAACAAAUUCUACAAAAAAAAGGUGAUUUAAGUAAAUCAGAUGAUAGGGAAUAUGGAAGCAGUGGAGAGAAUCGUGUAAGAAUUGUGCAAUGUUAAGCAAGUCCUUUCAAAGAAACGAAACCGCCUAAAACAACACAAAACACACACACAGCACAGCACAGCACACAAACACACAUACUUAGCAAAACAUGUCGUUACCAUUUGCAUCUCAGAGGACGUACCAGAAAAAUGUUUUACACUAUUUAUUGUUUUGCGCUGCCAGAAAGCAACACACGGUGGUCUCGGUUGGAUGGAUGAGGAUGAGCAAACGAAACUUUGCGGGGAGUGCAGUGUAGAUGCGAUUAAAUUUUGCGUUACUCCGUACCAUUUUCCACAUAAAGUAGCCAUAAAAAGGGUACCACACAAGCAACAGAAACACUAAACUCACCAAAUAGAGCAAGAAAAUAACUGGUUUAAGGGUUGCAGUAUCCGAUCAGUACUCACCGUAGGAUGUGUUCGCUUAACAUCGCUUAUAUGAGUGGUACUUUUUUAACGUUUAAAGUCAACUACUAACGAGAUAGAAGCAAAAGGAUAUAUUGCGGAAGGUUUGCCAUUUGGACGCUAAAUUACAAUCACUACUCGAAAGGGACACAAAUUCGUAGACGAGAUAAAGGAAAAGAAGAACUCUCCCAUCUCACCCACACAUCGGGGUGAACGUGUGCGCGCGCGUGUGUGUACCGUGUGCAGUAUCCUUUGUGUGCAUAAGUGCACAUGGAAAUACUACC